AUGGCACCCUCUGGGCCUGGGGUCCGAAUGGUGUAUCCAGGGGGACCAGUAACUUCUGGUCAGCCGCCGCGUCCGGACGUACCACAUGCAGCAAGCCUGGCUACGGACAUUCUGCCAAACGGUUAUCAACAGCAACUGGUGAACCAGCAGAUGAGCCAGAUAAAGCAGGAUCAGCAUUUCCAUCAUCAUCAGCAAAUUCAGCAAAAUCAACAGCAGCACCAGCCACAAAAAUCUUUCCAACAGUCUCAACAAGCACAGAUGACAGGGGCAUCUGGAAGUGCCUUGGACCGUAGGAAUCAGGUGCGCAGGAUGAUUGCUCUGCACGACUACGACCCACAUGUUCUCAGUCCGAACGUGGACGUAGAGCAAGCUGGUUUACCCAUACAUUUUCAUUUUAUUCAACUCCACCAUUUUAUCGUGCUGCAGGCUGAAUUGGCAUUUCGAGCUGGCGACGUGAUCCUCGUGCACGGUGAGAUGGACGAGGACGGAUUCUACACCGGUGAGACAGUGACCGGACAGCGUGGUCUUGUGCCAUCCAACUUUCUGCAAGAGUUACCGAAGCAGCAAUCCAGGGAACAGACCUACCCCCAGCAUUGUUUACAACAGCAGCCAGAGCCACAACUGCAGCAGAUUAGACCACUCCUACAACAGCCAGACACGCAAGCUAGGGGCAGCAUAGUGGCAGCUACCCGCGACAUCCGAAAUCGCCCGGUCGGACCACGAGGGCCGCCGGCUACUGGAUACCAAAGUACAGGAAAGUCGGUCAGACCAGUGGCGCCUCAAAUAGUAGGGGCUAGACCCCAAGCAAGAACCGGGCAAUCAGGGGGACCUAGGGGAAUGACACAGACAGACGGUGGGGCUAAUGCUGGAACAGCCCACAGCCAGGGGGCGCGUGGAUCCCGAACUCGACCUUCAGUGACGUAG